AUGGAUUCUCAAAUUGAUUCUAGUUUUAUAUCCGAUUUCUCUUCGUUCAUCAAUGAAGUUGUAGAGAGAGAUUUGACAAAUAAAUUUACCACGAAUGAAAUAUUUCGUUCUCGGGAGCAGUUAAUUGAAUGGGUAAGAGGGAUUGCUUAUAAUUUAGGGUUUGUUGUUGUAAUAGUGAGAUCUGACAUAGCUACUGGUGUGCGAGGAAGAAAAACUUUCGUCAUACUUGAAUGUGAAAGAGGGGGAAAAUAUCAAAAAUACAAACCCGAUGCGGUGGGUAGUGUAUACGGCACUCGUAAAUGUGGGUGUUCGUUUAGGUUAAAGGUUAAACCAUCUCCAGAUGGGGACAAAUGGGUGCUUAAGGUGAUGUGUGGACAUCAUAACCAUGAGUUGGCUGAAAUUUUAGUUGGUCACCCUUAUGCUGGGAGGUUAAAUAUAUCAGAGCAGUCAUUACUCGUUGAUAUGACAAAGAGUAAAGUUACACCUGCAAAUAUUUUACUAACCCUGAAAGAAAAUAAUGAUCGAAAUGUGACAACGAUUAAACAAACCUACAACGCAAGACAAGCGUAUAAACAAUCAUUGAGAGGCUCCAGAACUGAACUACAACAACUUAUGAUGUUGUUGGACCGCGAUAAGUACAUUCAUUGGAGCAGGUGUGCCGACGAUUCAGAGGUUGUUAAUGACAUCUUUUGGACAUAUCCAGAUGCUGUGAAAUUGUUGAACGCAUUUAAUAUUGUAUUCUUGAUGGAUUCAACAUAUAAAACAAACAAAUACAGACUUCCUUUGCUUGAAAUUGUUGGCAUGACGUCGAUCGGGUUAACUUUCUCAGUCGCAUUUGCAUUUUUGUCAAGUGAAAGGCAAAACAAUUUCACUUGGGCUUUGGAAAAACUAAAAGGUCUAUUUUUGACAUCUGAGGGCGGACCUAAAAUAAUUGUUAGUGACCGUGACUUGGCUUUGAUGAAUGCCAUUGCAAAUGUUUUCCCCGAGUCGUAUCAGAUAUUAUGUCGGUUCCACAUCCGAAAAAAUGUUAAGGCCAAAUGCAAAAUGUUUGUUGAUUCUACUGAGGCUUGGGAUGUGUUGAUGGAGGCAUGGGAAAACGUGAUGGAUUGUGCUGAUUAG